CUUACGCGCACCUCCCGGGCAGCGUUUUGAUUCAUUGUUAAAAUAGAGACUGUGACCCUGGCAGGAGCACCUCCAUCGCGCGGGAAGAUUUCUGCCGGUUGGUUGGGGUCGUGGAGGAAACUGGAGUCACAGGAGCACAUGAACAGUCCUUGUCUCGCCCCCUGGAAAAGGAGCCACGUUCUCCAUCCAAGACGAUGCUCCUCUUGGUGGCUGGACCAGGAAAGAGCAGACCAGGCCCCACGUAGAGAGCCAGCCACUGGGUCACAGGAAGUGCCUGGUGUGACUUACCUGCUAUGGAGGACUUGGCUAUGAAAGUCCCAGGUGUCCGUUUUGAAGCCAUCAUAUCUCCCGAGAAGCACUCUCUGAACUGCUGUCACCCUGGGGAGCUCCAUGGAGCAGGACACCAGGAGCCUCACAGCCCUUCCAGUGCCGAGGCCCCUUACUGCGACCUGCCCUGCUGCCCACCGGCCCCUCAGGACCCGCUCGACACCACCACCUGUGCUGGCCACUCUGUGGAAGGUCUUGGCCUCAGGCAGGGGUCUCAGAGGGUCUGGUCUCCAACAGCAGCUCUCCCUGCAGAGGGCCUUGCAACUGCUCCAAGGAACAGGCCCCAGGACCCUGAGGUGGUACCCUAUCUGGAGGGCCCGGCCUGUAGUAGCUGGGACAACAAGGACCCCGACUCUGACACCAGCUCCAGCCAGGACAGCAGCACCCCUCAUGAUACCAGCACUUCUUCCUCUGUGCAGGAUUGGGACACUGUUGAGAGGCCAGGGGUGGUCCCCAACGGGGACAGACUCAACGUGAUGAUCCCAAGGAGGCCUCAGGAGGGGCUGAGAGCUGACAGUGCUCGAAGGGUCACCAGGUCCCCGGCCAGAGGAGACACAGCGGGCCAGAGAAAGGAGGAUUCUGGCAGCGGUGGGGAGAGUGCUGGCCAGCACUGGGCGAAGCUGCGGGCAGAAAGCGGCUACUUCUCCUUGGAGCGACAUCGCUCGGGGCAAACCCAGGCUUCCUCCGGGACACCACCGGGUGGACCUCGGACCGCCACCCAGGCCUCUUCUGCUCAAAGAGAUGUUUUCCAGGAGGCUUCUUCUGCACAAGAACCCUCCCAAGCUUCCUCUCUACCUAGAAACCCCCAAAGAGACACCCCCAGGACCUUAGCCCCACCGCGGAACACCCCCAGAACAUCCUCUCCUUCAAGAGUUUCCCAGAGGGUCACUCCUAGAACCGUGUCCACCGAGAGAAGCAGCACUCCACUGUCCUCUCCUCUCAGAGCUCAUCAAGAGAGCCUCAAGACCUCCACACCACAAGAUGGCCCCCACGUCGCAUCGUCUCCUUGUGCCCAAGCCUCCUCUCUCAACAGAACCACCCAGCGGGAAAAUCUCACAACUCCCUGUGCCCAGAGGGACAAUCCUAGAAGUUCCUCUCCAAACAGAACCACCCAGAGGGACAACCCCAGGACCCCCUGUGCCCAGAGGGACAAUCCCAGGACUCCCUGUGCCCAGAGAGACAAUCCUAGGAGUUCCUCUCCAAACAGAACCACCCAGAGGGACAACCCCAGGACCCCCUGUGCCCAGAGGGACAAUCCCAGGACUCCCUGUGCCCAGAGAGACAAUCCUAGGAGUUCCUCUCCAAACAGAACCACCCAGAGGGACAACCCCAGGACCCCCUGUGCCCAGAGGGACAACCCCAGGACUCCGUGUGCCCAGAGGGACAAUCCCAGGACUCCGUGUGCCCAGAGGGACAAUCCCAGGACUCCCUGUGCCCAGAGGGACAACCCUAGAAGCUCUUCUCCCAACAGAACCACCCAAAGGGACAACCCCAGAACUCCCUGUGCCCAGAGGGACAAUCCAAGGAGCUCCUCUCCCAACAGAACCAUCCAGAAGGACAACCCCAGGACUUCUUGCAUACCGCCGAACACCCCCAGGAACCCUUCCACCCAAGGAGUCAAGACUACAGCCUCCUGCAGCAGAUGGGAACAUCUCCGAAGCGCCUGCACCCAACGAGACAACCCAGGACCAUCAUCAUCUUCCUUCCAACGAGACAACCCCAGGGUUUUCUCUCAAGGCUGCACCCAAAAGGACAACCCAGGACCAUCAUCUCCCCGCCGGGCCCCUCAGGGGAGUAGUUCCCGGAACCCCUCUCCCCACCGGACCAACAAAGAUAUCCCUUGGGCCUCCUUCCCCCUUCGACCCACCCAGAGUGAUGGUCCUCGAACCUCAUCGCCAUCUCGCACCAAACAGAACCAGGUGCCUUGGGCAUCCAUUUCUCUCCGGCCAACCCAAGGGGACCGGCCUCAGACCUCAGCUCCUACCAAACUAGCCCAUCACGACCCUCCCCAGCACUAUUCGCCAUCCCCGGCCACCUCCUCCUCCACCUGUCAUAACCCAGGCCACCCCAGCGCCUCUCGGACUUCAUCGCCUCCGCACCCAGCACCACGAGGGGCUCCCCAGACCUCUUCAGAGCCCGCCCAGCCACCAUGUGCUGUGUGCAUUGGGCACAGGGAUGCACCUCGCGCCUCUUCACCCCCUCGCUAUUUUCAGUACGACCCUUUCCCCUUCUUUCCGGAUCCCCGCUCGUCUGAGAGCGAAGCACCCCACCACGAACCCCCCUACAUGCCACCUGCAGUGUGUAUUGGGCACCGUGAUGCCCCCCGGGCUUCUUCACCACCUCGCCAUACCCAGUUCGACCCCUUCCCCUUCCUCCCAGACACAUCAGAUGCCGAGAACGAGUCCCCCCAGCAUGAUCCUCCACAGUUUCCCCCACCAGUGUGCAUCGGGUACCGUGAUGCCCCCCGGGCCUCUUCCCCACCGCGCCAGUUCCCAGAGCCCUCCUUCUUCCAAGAUCUCCCCAGGGCCAGCACAGAGAGCCUUGUCCCUUCCACAGACUCUCUGCAUGAGCCUCCCCACGUCCCCACUCCUGUAUGUAUCGGACACAGAGAUGCUCCCUCCUUCUCCUCCCCACCACGCCAGGCGCCCGAGCCUUCCCUCUUUUUCCAGGAUCCCCCUGGCACCAGUAUGGAGAGCCUUGCCCCUUCCAUUGACUCUCUGCACGGCUCCCCACUGCUGGCCCCCCAAGUAUGCAUCGGCCAUCGGGACGCACCCAGAGCCUCCUCCCCUCCCCGCCACCCACCCGGUGAUCUAGGUCUCCUGGCCCCCUCCCCUCCCCCGGGUAGCUCAGGCUCUCGAGGCUCAGCACCCCCAGGGGAAACCAGACACAACUUGGAGAGGGAGGAAUACACCAUGCUGGCCGACCUGCCCCCACCCCGGAGGCUGGCCCAGAGGGGGCCAGAGCCCCAGGCACAGGGCAGCAACGAGGGCCGGACCCGCAGCCCUGGCCGGGCAGAGGUGGAGCGCCUCUUCGGGCAAGAGCGCAGGAAGUCGGAAGCACCGGGGGCCUUCCAGGCUCGGGAUGAGGGACGGUCACAGCGGCCCAGCCAAGGUCAGAGCCAACUUCGAAGACAGUCCAGCCCCACCCCCAGCAGGCAGGUGACCAAGCCCUCUGCCAAACAGGCAGAGCCAGCCCGGCGGAGCCGAACAGAACCCCCGCAUCCUAAGAGUCCCGAGAAGCGGCCUGAGGGAGACCGGCGGCCCCAGAGGCCCUCAGCACCUGCCAAGACAUCAGCCCGGCCCCCCGAGAGGAAGGCUCAGAUAGAGACACAGCUAGAGAGUGACUGCACUGGCCUGAGGCAGCCUCCGGGAGGGUGGCCGAGUCAGGAGGAGCUGUCAGGGCCCCAGGGUCCUAGCAGACACCCAGAGAAGAACUGGGGAAGCCAGGAGGAGGGUCCAGGACUGGGGGGCUGGCCAGAACUUGGGAGUCCCAGCCUGGAGGGGAUAUGGAGGGGCCCUCCCCAGGAGCACAGGGAAAGGUGGGGACAGUCAGAGGCCUGGGAGCAGCCUCCCAGUAAUGGGCUACAGGGGGGCCCCCCAAGGGGCCUUCAGGAGUUGUCCAGGCCUCACCAGCCUACAACCCCCCCAGACAACUCCUGGGCAGGCCCAGCAGAAUGCUCGUGUGCCCGGCAGCCUGAGGGCACCACUGGUAUGGGCUGGAGGGCUGAGGGAGCAUCCCCACAUCAGUAUAGUCCUGAGAAGCCACCCGACCUCGACUGGAGGGACCUGCUGGGCCUUCUCCGGGCACCUGAGGAUGGGGCCUGGGCCCGGCUCCCAAGGCUGGACUGGGAAGGCCUGCUGGAGCUCCUGCAGGCUCGGCUGCCCCAAAAGGACCCAGCUGGGCACUGGCAUGACCCAGCCAGGGCUUCAGGACCAGAGCUGGGCUCCCCGGGAACAGAGGACACCCUGAAGACAGAGCCGCAGACCCAGCCUGAAGGAUGGGCCAAGGCCACCCAAGCCAAUGGGCACAGCCUUGGGCAGCAGUCCGAGAGCCCAGCACAGCUACCCAGCCCUGUCUGUACCUCCACCCAGUGGCCAACAACCAAAGUGACAAGUGAACCAGAAACAUCAACUCUGGCUGCUCUGGAGCAGACAGGUCACCUAGGGAGCCACAGCCCACCAGACCUGGCGUUCCAGGCAGAGGAGCCUGAGGCGUCAGAACCGAGCAGAGUCGAAGAGUCACUGGAUGACCAGAAGCAGGCUGACUCGGCAGACAAGAGGCCAGCAGAGGGCAAGGCUGGGAGCCCACUCAAGGGCCGACUGGUGACAUCAUGGCGGAUGCCCGGGGACCGGCCCGCGCUGUUCAAUCCAUACCUGCUGUCUCUGGGGGUCCUCAGGUGGCAAAGGCCUGAUCUGCUCAACUUCAAGAAGGGAUGGAUGUCGAUCUUGGAUGAGCCUGGAGAGUGGAAAAAGCAUUGGUUUGUGCUGACGGAUUCAAGCCUCAAAUAUUACAGAGACUCCACGGCUGAGGAGGCAGAUGAAUUGGAUGGCGAGAUCGACCUGCGCUCCUGCACAGACGUCACAGAGUACGCAGUACAGCGUAACUAUGGCUUCCAGAUCCAUACCAAAGAUGCCGUUUAUACCUUGUCGGCCAUGACCUCGGGCAUCCGGAGGAACUGGAUUGAGGCUCUCAGGAAGACUGUGCGUCCAACUUCAGCCCCAGAUGUCACCAAGCUCUCAGACUGCAAUAAGGAAAACACGCUGCAUGGUUAUGGCACCCAGAAGGGCUCCCUGAAGACAGGGGAGCAGCGGACAGGCUCUGAGGUCAUCGGCCGGGGUGGCCCUCGCAGAGCGGAUGGACCACGGCAGUCACUGGACUACGUGGAGCUCUCGCCAUUGACCCCGAGCUCCCCGCAGCGCGUGCGCACUCUGUCCCGCUCUACUCCCGAGCGCCCGACCAAACAGGAGGAUCUGGAGCGGGACCUGGCUCAGCGCUCUGAGGAAAGACGCAAGUGGUUCGAGUCCACGGACAGCAGGGCCCCCGAGACGCCCAGUGGGGAUGGGCCUCGCAGGGGCCUCGGUGCCCCCCUGACAGAUGACCAGCAGAGCCGGCUCAGCGAGGAGAUCGAAAAGAAGUGGCAGGAGCUGGAAAAGCUGCCCCUGCGGGAGAACAAGCGAGUGCCACUCACGGCCCUGCUCAACCAAGGCCACAGCGAGCGGCGGGGGCCCCCGAGUGACAGCCAUGAGGCCCUGGAGAAGGAGGUCCAGUCUCUCCGUGCCCAGCUGGAAGCAUGGCGUCUCCGAGGGGAAGCUCCUCAGAAUGCCUCCAGACCCCAGGAGGACAGCCGUAUCCCUCCAGGCUACAUCUCACAGGAAGCCUGUGAGCGCAGCCUGGCGGAGAUGGAGUCCUCACACCAGCAGGUGAUGGAGCAGCUGCAGCGGCACCAUGAGCGCGAGCUGCAGCGGCUGCAGCAAGAGAAGGAGUGGCUGCUGGCCGAGGAGACCGCAGCCACAGCCUCGGCCAUUGAAGCCAUGAAGAAGGCCUAUCAAGAAGAGCUGAGCCGGGAACUGAGCAAAACACGGGGUCUCCAGCAGGGUCCGGACGGCCUUCGGAAGCAACACCAGCUGGACAUGGAGGCUCUGAAACAGGAGCUGCAGGUGCUGUCCGAGAGGUACUCGCAGAAGUGCCUGGAGAUCGGUGCCCUGACGCGGCAGGCAGAGGAGCGUGAGCACACCCUCCGGCGCUGCCAGCAGGAGGGCCAGGAGCUGCUGCGCCACAACCAGGAGCUGCACUCGCACCUGUCCCAGGAGAUCGACCGUCUGCGCAGCUUCAUCGCCUCGCAGGGCACCAGCAACAGCUGCGGGCGCAGCAAUGAGAGGAGCUCCUGUGAGCUGGAGGUGCUGCUGCGAGUCAAGGAGAAUGAGCUCCAGUACCUGAAAAAGGAGGUGCAGUGCCUCCGUGAUGAGCUCCAGGUGAUGCACAAGGACAAGCGCUUCACGGGGAAGUACCAGGACGUGUAUGUGGAGCUGAACCACAUCAAGACCCGGUCGGAGCGCGAGAUCGAGCAGCUGAAGGAGCACCUACGCCUGGCCAUGGCUGCCCUGCAGGAGAAGGAGGCUGUGAGAAACAGCUUGGCUGAGUAGAGGUCUCUGUGGUCCAGCUCAGCUGAGAACCCUCCGGCCCCAGGGGACCAGCCACCCUCCUUCUCGGACAGAAGUCAGAAGCCAAGCUUUCUCCCCACCCUGGGUCACAUGUGCACUCACACCUCACACACACACACACACACACACACACACACACACACACACACACACACACACGUACACACGCACAGACACACACUGCGGAUCUGAGCUCAUCCCUCGCACUGGGUCUUACCUUGCACCUUCUUCAGGAUUUUAUAUGUGAAGAGAUUUUUAUAUAGAAUUUUUGCCUUUUUUUUUUUUUUUUCUAAAACACUUUAAACUUCUUCAAAAGGCAAUUCUUGGUGGCAUGUACCUCUAGCACUGGCUCCUGUUCCCCUCCGGUGCCCUGCUUAGGCCUCCCUCCUACUCUGGGCAUCUCGCAAAGGCCCUAGCAGGGCCUGAGUGAGUUGACCAGAGGGAAAAGGCCGGAGCAGCCCUCUCUUCCUGCCCUACCUCUACUAACUACUUCUGCCCUGGCCGGGUCCACACCCCGGCCUCUGGACUGGGGAACCACUGGACAGAGAGAGGAGCCCACGGCUGUCCCCACGGCUCCACUCCUCUGAGGGGCGCUGGGUGUGGACCACUAGCGCUACCCAUGAAGACACAUCUCUCCUGUUCCAUGAGUCACCCUAACUUAAUAAAACCUUCCAGCAGC